CCGCGCGCUGCGUGCCGCGGCGCCUGUGCGGGCCCUCGGGGCUGCGCGAGCAGGUCUAGGACGCUGAGCGGUGCGUCUCUGCCGCACCCGGGGGUCGUGACGGACAGGGAACAACUUACUGGUGAAACCUGUAGACACUGGAGAACUAAAGUCACAGACUACGAGAGAUGCCUACAUAGAAGAGUGACAGCAGCUGGGCUGAAUGUUUCACUGCUGAACUGGUUCCUCAGGUAUCCUGGCUCUGGCGAUUGCUAUGGGAGAUUGGAUGACUGUUACAGAUCCAGGUCUGUCUUCAGAAAGCAAAUAUAUCUCUCAAUAUACCUCAGAAACAAAGAUGUCUCCAUCAAGUUUAUACUCACAGCAAGUGCUAUGCUCUUCAAUACCUUUAUCAAAAAAUGUGCACAGUUUUUUUAGUGCCUUCUGCACAGAAGAGAAUAUUGAACAAAGUAUUUCAUAUCUUGAUCAGGAAUUGACUACUUUCGGUUUUCCUUCAUUAUAUGAAGAAUCCAAAGGUAAAGAGACAAAGAGAGAAUUAAAUAUAGUUGCUGUUUUAAAUUGUAUGAAUGAGCUACUUGUACUUCAGCGGAAGAACCUUCUAGCUCAGGAAAAUGUGGAAACACAGAAUCUGAAACUGGGAAGCGAUAUGGACCAUCUGCAGAACUGCUAUGCAAAACUUAAGGAACAACUGGAAACCUCCAGGAGAGAAAUGAUUGGUCUUCAGGAAAGAGACAGACAGUUACAAUGCAAGAACAGGAAUUUGCAUCAGCUACUGAAAAAUGAGAAAGAUGAGGUGCAGAAAUUACAAAAUAUUAUUGCAAGUCGAGCUACUCAAUAUAAUCAUGAUAUGAAGAGAAAAGAGCGUGAAUAUAAUAAACUAAAGGAACGUCUACAUCAACUUGUUAUGAACAAGAAGGAUAAAAAAAUAGCUAUGGAAGUUUUAAAUUACGUGGGGAGAGCUGAUGGAAAAAGAGGCUCCUGGAGGACGGGUAAAACUGAAGCCAGUUUCUUUCUCAGGAACGAAGAUGAAAUGUAUAAAAUUCUCUUGAAUGAUUAUGAAUAUCGUCAGAAACAAAUCCUAAUGGAAAAUGCUGAACUUAAGAAGGUUCUUCAGCAAAUGAAAAAGGAAAUGAUUUCUCUUCUUUCUCCCCAAAAGCAGAAACCUAGAGAAAGAGCAGAUGAUAGUACAGGAACUGUUAUCUCUGAUAUUGAAGAAGAUGCUGGGGAACUGAGUAGAGAUAGUACGUGGGACCUUUCCUGUGAAACUGUGAGAGAGCAGCUUACCAACAGCAUCAGAAAACAGUGGAGAAUUUUGAAAAGUCAUGUAGAAAAACUUGAUAACCAAGUUUCAAAGGUACACCUAGAAGGUUGUAAUGAUGAAGAUGUAAUCUCACGACAAGACCAUGAACAAGAAACUGAAAAACUUGAGUUAGAAAUUCAACAGUGUAAAGAAAUGAUUAAAACUCAGCAGCAACUUUUACAGCAGCAGCUUGCUACUGCGUGUGAUGACGACACCACUUCACUGCUACGAGACUGUUACUUGUUGGAAGAAAAGGAACGCCUCAAAGAAGAAUGGUCCCUAUUUAAGGAGCAAAAGAAGAAUUUCGAGAAAGAAAGACGAAGCUUUACAGAAGCAGCUAUUCGCCUAGGUUUGGAGAGAAAGGCAUUUGAAGAAGAAAGAGCCAGUUGGUUAAAGCAACAGUUUCUAAAUAUGACUACCUUUGACCACCAGAACUCAGAAAAUGUGAAAAUUUUCAGUGCCUUCUCAGGAAGUUCUGAUCGGGACAACCCUACAGUACACUCGAGGCCACGGCAAAAGAAGCCUCACGGUGCGCCUACUGGGUCUCCAGUUUGCACGUCUAAACUUACUAAAUCUCUUCCUGCUUCUCCUUCUACUUCAGACUUUUGCCAGACGCGUUCCUGUGUAUCUGAACAUAGUUCAAUCAGUGUACUAAAUACAACCCCUGAAGAAUCUAAGCCAAAUCAGGUUGGAAGAGAAUGUACAAAUCAGAAGUGGAGCGUGGCAUCAAGGCCUGAUUCACAGGAAGGUUGCUGUAGUGGAUGCUCCUCGACCCAUGCAAAUGCUCACGUAGAGAAGGAUGACUUACCUUAGACAUGUGAACUGGGAUUUUUUUUUUUUCAUUAACAUGUUCAUCAAAUUUCACAUCUGAGUUGAAACAGGGUGUGUUAUAAAGUCAAUCAUCUCUAAUAAUUUAAAAUGGUCUUUGUUGUUUGUUUGGGCUUCCCUGUUCCUCCCCCAAAGAGCUAAAAUGUUAAAUCUAUUUAAAAGGAUAUAAAAGCUUUGGAUAUGUAUUUUUAGUAACAGAAGCACCUGGUUCUGUGAAUAAAGGAAUGUAUAAACGUUUGGAUGGAAACAAAGCACUAGAAUGAGUUUCCUCUUAUAGGUAUUAAAAAUAGCACUUUUAGGAAACUGAUUAUUGUAAAUGUUUAAUUUUGUCUCAUAUAUAGUUGGCAUUGGAAGUUUAGCCUUUCCUUGAAUGUAUAC